CCACCUCCCUCAGACCAUGUUCCAUGUUUCUUUUAGAUAUAUCUUUGGAAUUCCUCCCCUGAUCCUUGUUCUGUUGCCUGUCACAUCAUCUGAUUGCCACAUUCAAGAUAAAGAAGGUAAAGCAUAUGAGAGUGUGCUGAUGGUCAGCAUCGAUGAAUUGCUGGACAAAAUGACAGGAAAUGGUAACAACUGCCCAAAUAAAGAACCAAACUUUUUUAAAAAACAUCCAUGUGAUGAUGCAAAGGAAGCUGCUUUUCUAAAUCGUGCUGCUCGCAAGUUGAAUCAAUUUCUUAAAAUGAAUAUCAGUGAAGAAUUCAAUAUCCACUUACUAACAGUUUCCCAAGGCACACAGACACUAGUGAACUGCACAAGCAAGGAAGAAAAAAGUCCAAAGGACCAGAAAAAGAAUGACCCAUGUUUCCUAAAGAGACUGCUAAGAGAGAUAAAGACCUGCUGGAAUAAAAUCUUGAAAGGUGGCAUAUAA